UGGUGUCAACCUUAGAUAAAUGACCAACUAUCACGAUUUUAGAUUAGCAUAUCUCGCCUAAUAAACAAAACCUAGAUCUGUCAAAAAUGUUGUGACAAACUAUUCACUAUUAUUCGUUCACAAAAUCAUAAUAAUGGCAGAUCCCAACAAUCCACAAGCACCUCCUCCAGCUGGACCUCCACCCUCGUAUGAUGAAGUACAGGCAAUGUCAGGGGGCCAACCAGGUUACCCACCUGGAGCACCUGGGCCGUAUCCUCCAUAUCCAGCACAAGAUGGCUUCAAAUAUGAUGGUGCUCCACCAUAUCCAACUCAGCCAGGAUAUCCAGGCUACCCUGCACAAUCAAGUCAAGUGCCCUAUCCAACUCAGCCAGGUGUUCCAUACCCCUAUGGUGCCCCAGCCUCAGGGAUGUAUGGCCAAGCACCGCCGGGAACAGCAGCUUAUAACCCACAAGGAGGUGUCACUAUCCUGAAUAGAAAUCCAGAUCAGGAAAGAAUGAUGGCCAUACAGAGGCGGAAGAGGAUUUUUAUAUUCUUUUUUAUUUUCGUCGCUAUUUCUAUUUUCCUGUACAUCAUUACAAGAUGGCUAUUUUAAUCAGUCUGCUCAUACUUACAAAGGAUACAUAGUCACUUAAGUGCAGUAACAGGUUAACUCCUGUUGAAUUACAUAAGGAGUUAACCUGCUACUGCACUAAGGUGAUGAGUCAUGUAUAUUGUAGUGAUAUAUGGAACUGAUGUCAUUUAAAGGAAAUGUACUUUUAUUGAUGACACUGUGAUAACGUAUUGUAAAGAGAUCAAGUGGUAUAUCAUUAUUUAUCUUGUAACCAAAAAUAGCAAUAUAUCAAGAGCAGGUGUUAUAAUUCUGCAGCCACUAUAUGGAGGCAAUGAACUUAUUUGUGGUGUAUUUAAAGGUGUAAAAUCAUGAAAUGGUAAGAGCCUUCGGUUAAUAUUACAAUAAUUUUAAUUUAGUUAUAUAAAGUCAGGGGUUCCAUUAUGAUAUGAUAAACCCCCCCCCACUCCCUACAACAUGGGUCAACUGGCUAUUGUAACAGACUUUAAUGUUCUUCUACAACAUUUGUAGCCAUCGUACUUAAAGAAAAUGACCCAGCUUGUUUCAGAAAUAAUAAAAUUCCUGCUGAUUAUUAAAGACAUGUUAAUAAAGACAUGUAAGAUCUCAAACACUCUAACUAUAAUUUUGAUAUUAUUCUAAAUUUGUAAAUUUAUGAAAUAUUAUUUUUAUAAGCAGUGUUAUUACUGUGUACAUAAGUUAUUGCAUAUUUGUGAGAAAAAAAAAAGAUACUGGAUAUAGUAAAAGAAAGUUUUGGUAAUCAGAUUUUCAUUUUUAUUGAUAUUUAAUCAUCACAUAUUUUUAUUUCAAAUUGUGAAUAAAGUUGUUGUUGUGAUUUUUUUAAUAUUUUGAUAUCGCAAAAAAGUAAAUGAAAUUUAAAUUAUUGUUGUUUUAAGAAAACAUAAAAGUAUAACUUAAAUCUCUCCCUCAAAUAAACAAUUAAGGGGAUAAUAAACAAUUAAGGGGAUAAAUAAACAAUUUAAUAAGGGGAUAAAUAAACAAUUAAGGGGAUAAAUAAACAAUUUAAUAAGGGGAUAAAUAAACAAUUAAGGGGAUAAAUAAACAAUUUAAUAAGGGGAUAAAUAAACAAUUAAGGGGAUAAAUAAACAAUUAAGGGGAUCUUAAUGUAAAAUUUGUAAUUAACACAUAAAGGUAAUUUAAUUGAGAUGUGUAAUUUCAUUAUUAAUUAGAUAGGUAUUAUGUUUAAGUGGAAGAAAGACACUUUAAUCUUAUAUUGAUUAGAUAGCAAUGUGUGAUAGAAGCAUAUUUUAUUUGAAACCUCCACUUGUAACUUGAAUGAUGAAUAUUUAUAUAUUUCAUAAAAAAAUUAUUUAUUUUUUUUCCAUUAAAGGCCCAUUAUGCCUCAGAAAUGCUUUUAUUUUUUUAUUUCUCAAAAUAUUUUAUUUUUGGUGUCCUUAAAUAUUUUCCUAGCAGUUACUGACAUUGGCCAAUUACCUAAACCAUCUGUAGAAUACUUCUAGCUUUGUUUCUUUGUUUUUUCUUUUGGCAUUUAGUAAAAUUAUAGUUAUAUAGUAUUUUGUAUCGAAGUCAAAAUACUACUUUGUUUACAUUUUGCUCCUUUAUAACAAAUAAUUUCACAUUCAUUCAAAUGAGGUGAUAAGCUUCUAACAUGCUCUUAAACCAUUAUUAAAAUAUUUCAAAACUGAUGUUUGGCCUUUCUAAAGAAGGAUAUAUUUAUGCCGUGCCAUGACAAAACCAACAUAGUGCGUUUGCGACCAACAUGGAUCCAGAUCAGCCUGCACAUCCGCGCAGUCUGAUCAGGAUCCAUGCUGUUCGCUAUCAGUUUCUCUAUUUGUUAUAGGGUUUGUAAGCGAACAGCAUGGAUCCUGAUCAGACUGCUCGGAUGCGCAGGCUGGUCUGGAUCCAUGCUGGUCGCAAACGCAUUAUGUUGGUUUUGUUGUGACGCGGCUCAAUUUUAUUGGUUUCUGAGGCAUAGUGUGCCUUUAAAGUUUUUAUUUUAUUUUAUUUUUCUGUAGAUAAUGUUGAGUUUUGAAUAUUCAGGGGAUAUAACACAAGUUGUAACUUAUAAUCAGUUUGCUCACUGUUUUUUGUACAUAUAUGUUUUUUUAUAUACAUGUAUAAUUGAUAAUCUGAAAAAAAUAUUAAUCAGUCAUGCCAUUAUUAUUUACAUUUUUCAUUUGAAUUGUGCUUACAUGUAAUAGUAAUCUUUUUACUUGCCAAUCUGUAAUUAUGUUAUAUAAAUGUAGUAAACCUAGCUUAAUGUAUGCAAGCAUUUUAAGCCCAAACAUUUUCAUUUUUUUCUUUGGCAUGUGCUAUUUCUUUUUCUGUUUUACAGGACACUGAUAGAAUGUUGGCAAUACAGAGGAAAAGGAAGAUUGUUAUGUUCAUUGUUUCACUCAUUUUUGUUUUCAUUUUUAUCUAUUUUGUUUCAAAUAUGCUGUUUUGAGAUAACAGUGUUCGGUUUAUACAGUUGAUGUGUUAUCUAUAUUUUUUUUUCAAAAUAAACAUAUUAAUAAUUCAAUGUUUUUUUGCAAGUAAAGAUAUAAAUAAUUCAAUGUUUUUCCAACAUAUAAAUAAUUCAAUGUUAUAAGCAUCCUAUUUUUACAAUUUGUGUAUAAAAAGUUUAUAAUUAUGUGCAAGUUUGUUUUUUAUGAGUCACCUUAUGGGUCUUGUCAGAAUUUUUUUUUUUUUAAGUAUAUAUCCAUCUCUUUUUGAACAUAAAUAUAUAAAACAUUAACCCAGAAUUUAAAAGAGAAACAUGCUAGCAUUCAUCAAUCUUCACCCUGCUGUACACGUAUUUGUAUAAUGGAUUUCCCCAGCUUUGAAUUUGGAACAAUCCAUUCAAAGUUCAAGGGAUUUCACGAAUCAAAAUACAAAAAAAUGAGCAAGCAACAGUAUGGAGCCUGGUCCGAGUGUACAAAUCUCCCGACAGGUCUGACAAUGGACCCAUCACAUUCUGUUAUAGGAUAGUGAAGGAUAAUGAAACAAUAAUUCACAGAUUUACAAAGAUUUUGUGCUUCAUUUAAAUUACUGAUUCUCAUUGAUUUAAUGAUCCUUAAUCCCUUAACGAAGAUAAUGGAGCUUACAAUUGAUUGAUCUUUAUUUAAAGAAGUUUUGUCAGCAAUAAAGAAUUUCGUAAACAGAUAUUUCCAAAAAAACAUAAAAAAACAACAACAAAAAAACACACACACGAUGUAUCUCAUUUUGUAUAGGGAGUAAUUUUUUAUUUAUUCCAGGCAGAAAUAGCGGCUGCGCAUCGGAGAAACAGGAAGAUUAUGAUAUAUUGUGGAAUUUUUGUAGCAAUGACCGUAGCAUUUUACUUCAUUAUAAAGAUCAUAUUCUGAUACAUGAUUUUUUUUCAAUGAUUUCUUUUUGUCUUUAUGCCAUCUGAUUUGAGUACAAUGUCUUUCUUGCAUAUAAAACCAGUGUUGCCGUUAGUUUGACCAAUGCCUGAAAUUUCAUCUGGCAUGUGGGUGCCAGAUGAGUCACGUGCUCAAACAAGAUGUCAUUUUGGUACAUUUUAAAGUGAAACUACGUUUUUUAAGAUAAUCAUUUUGCUGUUAUGAAUAAAAUUGUAAAUUAUACUGUUAGAAAAAAGUAACAGAUGAAAUAUGACUUUUAUUUUGGUGAACUAAUUUGGUAAACCAUUUAAAAUAUGAUAGAAAAAAGCAGAAUAAGUAAGAAAAAAUAAUUGACAUGUGUUUUUGGAUAUUAUCUGUCUAUGCAUUUAUAACAGUGUUUGUAUGUAUGUCUGUCUUUUAUGCUAUCAUUGUUAGGACUUCAUCUGUAAUAAUCCCAAUCCAGAUUUCUGAUUCAAGUUUUUGUGUAGUAAACUAUUUUAUGUUAAAUCUUCUUAAAUCUUCUUAUUAACUAAAGCGAUUUUAAACUCAAAGUACAGCUUUGGUACUGAAAUUGCAAGAGUUAUUGUUCUUUUUAAACUUGAUUUUUGUAUAAAAUUUGUUAUUUGCUUUACUAAAGUCAGUGACUAGAAACUGUAUUCUCAAUUAUGUAUUUUAUUUUGAUAUUUACACAAAACAAUGUACUUAUUAAAGCAACUGAUUUUACAUCUUAGUUUUGUCUUUCAUUUCUUCCUAGUAUUGAGUUAGUCGAGCUUGCUGUCUCUUACGACAGUUUUUGUAUGAUAAGCAGGGUGGAUGGAUACCAGAAAUUUGUUAACAUAACCAUAACAUUGUGUCACCAGUAAUGGUAUUUGCUAAUUUUUUGUUACAUUGUUUUCAAUGUUUAAACAAUAAACAUAUUCCCUGUUCUAGGUUAAUGUUUUACGAUUCCAAUGGUACAUAAUUUUCCAAUGUAGCUCAUGUAAUUUUCCUGAUAUCUUUGCAGAAAUUGUGAGACAUAUUUUCAUAAAACUGUUGACCUAUAAGAUAAUUUCUGUAAGUAUUAGAGGAAAUGUAAAAGAGCUACAAUAGAAAGUUAUACACUAUUGUGAUUGGCAAAUGCUUAUCUGGUUCACAGUACAUGUCAAAUAUUAGAAGAUAUAAGAAAUAAAAUUAGUAAAAACUAUUGGUGGUGACCCAAUGUUACCGUAAAUAAAUGUCCAGUGAUCAUCCGACCUGGUUUAUUAUGACUUUUAUAUAUUUGAACACUGUAACACAUAAGAUUAAAGAGUUUAGUUGGCAUAGGGUUAUGAUGUAGUCUCUAUUAAAAAAAAAUGCAAUCAGGGCUUAGGUUAAAGUUAUUAAACUGAAAUCUAAAAAAAUUUAACUGAAAUUUGCUAGUACAUGUCAUCACUUCAGUGCAGUAAUAGGUUAACUCCUUUUUUGAAGCAGUAGGAGUUAACCCGUUCCUGCACUAAAGUGAAAACAUAGUUUUUACUAAGUGACUCUCAAACUUUAUGUUUUAAGUGCAAUAUAAACAUAGAUAAUUUGAUGUCAGUUUUAAAGAAAAUAGAAUGGUGUGAAAGAAAAAAAUAAUGUAUUCUUCAUUGACGACGGAUAAUUAAUAUGAAUGUUAAACUAUAAUUUAAAGCAUGUUCUAUUUAUAGUAUGUUUACAAAGCAGUGCAAAUUAUGCAAAGAAGAGUUAAAUUAUAGCUCUGUCAAUUAAAUUUUACUUGAAGAAUGAUUAAACUUGUACAUGAUGAUAGAAUUGUGCAUAAAGGAAGUGUUUAUAUAUACAUAUAUACUUGUGAAUGGUUACUUAUAUAUAUAGAUAUAUAUAUUGUUUAAAAAUGCUAUGAGUAUUUUAUAACAGUUUUUGUAGCUAAGUAUUUGCUUUGAAGGAAGACUGACAGUGAAAAGCAUGAAUUUAAGGCCCAUUAUGCUUCUGAAAUGCUAUCAUUUUUCUUUCUCAAUUUUUUAUAUUUUUUGGUAUCAUGUUACAGUUUUCAAACAAAUUACUCUUUUGCUCUGUCGGCAGUUUGUAUGGUAGUCAAAAUAUUACUUUGUUUCUGUUUAUGAUGCAUUACUGCACAUUCAGGGCUACUUUCUUCAAGUCAUAAUUAAAACAUUAUAAAUUAAAGACAUGUUAGACAUUUCUUAAGAAUUGAAAAAAUAUGGGUUUCUGAGGCAUGAUGUGCCUGUAAUCAUUAAAUAUUUUGUUUAAAAUAAGAUACAUAUUAAAGCUUAUACUGUAUUUUGCAAUAUAAAACUUGUGUACCAUCAA